AUGAUGCAAGUUGGAGCAAAUCAAUCAACUGCGUAUCACAGUCAACCGUCAUUAACUGCAUCAAGUGGUCAAACAGGCCGCUCAUCAUCAACAUCUCGUCAACAACAACAAUCUCAAUAUGAUACUGAACAGCUAGCAAAUAUUCGUCCUCGUUUAUGCCUAUUACGGAAGUGGCCUCAUUAUGACGGUUACGGUGUUCAUUUAGCUCGUAAUCAACAUUGGCUUGGUUUACGUAUUGGCGAUGUUGAACCAAAUAGUCCAGCUGAAAGUGGUGGUCUAUUAAGUGAAGAUGUUGUUCUUUCCGUGAAUGGUCAUUCCGUUGAAAAUGACGACUUUUUUGUUAUACUUUCAUUCAUUCAACAUGAACUUGAAGAUAAUGAAAUUCGAUUUCUAGUACUUGAUCCUCAUAGUGCAGAUUUAGCUCGACGUCAUCAUUUAAAUAUCGAUGAAAAUUAUCGAACAUGUGUUCGAAUGGAAACACCAACAUUAACUGUAAGUCCAGAAAAACUUCUAUAUGAUCAAUGGCGCACGAUCAGUAAUGCCGAUCCAACCGCAGUACAAAAUACCAUAAAUCUUGGCCCAACAGUUCCUUUAAAUCAAAAUCAACCAACAAGUAGUCAACAACAUCAAGAAAAAUUACCACAUGAAGGGCCUGAUAAAAAAUCACCUUCAACAAAUCGACAACAACAACCACAAGAUUCUACGCCACAGACUCCGUCUAAAUCCCGUACCGGUGAUAAUAAUGAUAAUAAAAAUAAAAAUAAAGCUAGUAUUAUCGAUCAUGGCAUUGACACUUUAGUUAAUCCAAAUAUUGGAGCUGCUAAAUCUGUUCCACCAACAAAACAUGAUGAUGAUGAUGAUGAUGAUGAUGAUUCUAUAAGUAAAAGUAGUGAUCACCUGAUCGAUAGAAACCCCACUACUGAUGAAUCACCAUUAUUGAAAAACGAAUACAAAGAUGAAGUUGCAAAACCAAACAAUGCUUCAAAUAGUAACGAUCAAGAAAAACCACCACCACCGUAUGAGAAUCUAUGGCAGGCUUCAUGUCAGCAGGAGGACACCAAUAACAAUUUAAGACCAGAACCACGUAUGUGUUCAUUAACUCUUCGACCAGGCAUUGAUACAAUUGGAAUAUCAUUACAACCUGAUAAAGAUUUUGGUCAUAUUAUAAAGCAUGUUGAACCAAGUUCUCUAGCUAAUCGUGCUGGUAUUGAACCAGAUGAUUGUAUUGUAUCACUCAAUCAUACGCCACUUCUUAAUAUUCCAUAUGAAGAUGUUUUAAAUACACUUAAGAAAAAUCGUAAUGAUUCAAAUCUUGAUUUUGUUGUUGCAAAGAAAUCUUAUUUACUUAAAUCACGUCAAAAAAAUGCAGUACUAAGUAAUACUCAGUCAGAUCCAUCGGAAAAAUAUUCGGAUACACCAUCAAAUACUACAGCUGAAGUUUUACCAUCAUCGAAUAUAUCUGGACGAAAUAUUCCAUCGACUACAGGAGCUGCAGAAGCAUUGGAAGAACUUUACAAUAAAUAUUCUAAUGAUCGGCAAUCACCAUUGAAUGAUAAAACGAAUUAUAAUCGACCAAGAGAAACAGUUUCAACAACAACAACAACAACAACAACAACAACAGAUGAAAAACAUGAUCGACUUUCACCACAAUUAAAUGAUGAUCGAUAUGCAACAAAAUCACAACAAGGACAAAUUUUACAAGGUGUCGGUCCAGCUACAGCUGAUCGAUCAUCAUGGGGCGCAUCCAAUGGAAAAUCAUCCGAUUUACCAGCACCUAUUAGUGGCGAUUCAUCAGUACGUUCAAAUAUAGGUGGUCGAAAACCAGAUACUGACGAUACAAAAGGACGUGGUAAUACAUUAGAAGAUGGUUUUAAACCUUUACAAGUUGGUAUUACUAAUCAAACAGGCAAUAUCUCACCUACUCCACCAAGUAAUCUUUCAUCGCGACCAACGUCAUCCAUCGAACAACGAGAUAGUUCACCAAAAGCUUUACAAAUUUCUGAUACAACAUCAACAAGUGCACGUGGCGAUAUACCUUCAUCGAGACAGAAUCAAUCUAUUCAAAAUAUUCCAGCAGCUAUACCCAUUGUACCUAUUGAUACAUCAUAUUCAACACCUGAUUAUGAGCAAAAAACUUCUCAAGUAGCUCCAUCAAAUCAAUCUGAUCUUCGUUUAGAAAAUACACCUGACUCUAAUACAAUUCCUACGAAGUCGAUGAGUGUUCCGAGUAAACCUAUCAAAGCCAAUGUACCGUUGCUUAUGUACGAUAAUGCUACGGAUGAUGAUGAUGAUGAUGAUCUAUCUGAUAUAUCAGAAAGAUCUCUUGAAGAUGAUACUUCCGAACCUCUUCCGAACAAACUUUCACAAGUUCUGAGUGAUGAAAGUGACAAUAUAGCCACACCAUAUUCUGAAUCAUUAAGAAAACCUAUUGUAUCAGGUAUUCAUAAACCAGAAACGACACCUGAUUAUGGAGAUGAACAAUUGAAUUUUCCUAAAGAUAUCAAUAACAAACAAGCAUUGUCUGCACCUAUGCCCGAUGUCGAUCAACCAUCAAUUGUACCAUCACCGACUGACAGACAGAUCGUACAAGCUCGUCGUCUAGAACAAUCGGACAGUGAAGAUACAACGUCAGGUGCUGAUUCUCAUAAUGCAAGACGAUCUAUUGGAGAUACAUUUUAUUCACCUGAUGAAUCCAUGGGUGAUAUGAAUGAUAUUGAUGAUCAACAAUCAAAACCAUUGCCUGCUCAUCUACAACAAUCGAUCAAUCCAAUCAAGUCUCUGGAUAAUAAACAAGAUCAAUCUUUAUCUAAACCUUUAAAUCAACAACAAAAGCUGAAAAACUAUCGUGAUGAGGAUUCGGAUCGAUCAAUUGAAUCUAACAGUGAAAACACACCUGUACCAUCAGAAAAAAUGAUGUUCGCUAAAAUGCCGAUAUCAGAAUUAAAAAAUUAUGGUUAUGAAUUUCAUAAUAUACAAUUGAUGCAACCAACUGAAACAAGUCCUGUGGGCCUUAAAUUAACUAAACAACAAGAUCCAUUACAGUAUAUUAUAACAGCCGUUGCUAAAGGUACAAAAGCUGAUUUAGCUGGUCUUAAAGUGAACGAUUGGCUUAUUAAAAUUGAAGAUGCUGACAUACGUACAACUGAAUUUUCUCAAGUAUCGCACGAUAUUCGUGAAUUAUUAACAAAUGCUGGUUUAAUUAAUAUGGUUAUAGCACGAAAGAAAACAUCAGUAUCACCACCAACAAUUCGAAAGAUUGAUAAAGAAUCAACACCAAUAUCACCCUCAUCACGAGCAGAUUCCUUGAGUCGUCAGCAAGGAGGACAAAUCCCAGCCUCCUUACUCACGACAGACAUCACACGUGAUACACCUGAUAAUAAUCAAGUUCGUUUUGUACCUGAUCGAUCUGUAAGUCCACCUACAAAUCGUUCUCAACGUUCACCAGUAUCGAAUCGUGAAAUAAAUACUAAUGCGCCUGGUGGCCCAUAUUCAGUUGGUUUAACAAAUCCAAUAUCUGAUGAAAAUCUAACAAAAUCACCACGUUCACGAAGUCGUUCACCAAGUCAUUCACCAACGCGUGAAUAUACAGUUAGUCAACCAGAAAAAAAAUCAUUAGAAGAAAGUCAAUCGGAAGAAUACGAUGAUAGAGAUAUACGUCUUAUUGUAUUAAAAGAAGCAUUAGGAUUAGAUUUCAAUUCUUUUAUUCCAGAAAGUGAUAGCCAAGUCCAAACACAUUUUAUUAGUAAUGUACAACCAUUAUCGUUGGCUGAUAAAGCUGGUUUACGUGAUGGCGAUCGUAUAUUAACAGUUAAUGACGUUGAUGUAACACAUGCUAUACAUGAAGAUGUUCGUCGUAUGAUGCAAACAAAAAAACCUUUACAAUUAACAGUUGUAAAUGAUCCAAAAUAUAUAGAAUUAAUUGAAAAUGUCAAACGUAAUCAAACUAAAACCGAAGGUAAUACACAUGAUAAAAAGAAUUCACCACCCCUCAAUCAUGAAACAGUUGAAUCAUUAGAAUCGGAUUCAACAGGUCGUUCUCGUUCACCGGUCAAACCUGUCUCAAGUGAUCCAAUUAGUGAUUUGAAAAUUUCACCUAGUAAAUCUUUAUCACCACCACCACCAUCACUAAUUGAUGACGAUGAAGAUGAAAAUGAUGAAUUAUCAAAGCAUCGUCGUGUUCUAUUUACUGAUGAUAAAGGAUCAGUUAAAAUAAAACAUUGUAUUUUACGAAAAGAUCCAACAUAUAAUGGCUUUGGUCUUGUAUUACGUUAUCAAAAUGGUCUUCAUUUAAUUGAUCAAGUCGAAGAAGGUUCGCCAGCUUAUAUUGCUGGUCUGCGUGAAGAUGAUAUUAUAUUAUAUGCUGAUAAGAAAAAUGUUGAACAGUUAACACAUGAUGAUGUUAAAAUAAUUAUACGAAAAUUAUCAGUAGCAAAUAUGGAUAUUGAUUUAAUAUUAAUGAAAAAAUCUGACAUACCACGAUAUGAAAGUUAUGAGGAAAAAAAUUCCAUUAAUUGGAAACCAAUAUUAGGCGAUAAUCGAACAGAAAAAACUGAACAAUCAACAUCGAGUAGUCUUCGUGGAUCAAAUGAUCAAACAAAUAAUCAACGUAAAUCAUUAUCAUCAUCUAAUAAACAAGCUGCACCUGUUGCACCAGCAUCAUCUACAAGUUCAUCGAAUUCUAAACCUGCUACUCGUGUUUGUAUUUUACAACCAUCUGCUGAUCGCACAGCUGGUUUUGCUCUGAGCGGUAAAACUGCGCCACCAUAUGUUAUAUGUCAAGUUGAAGGUGGUUCUCCAGCUGAGAAAGCUGGUUUACUUAUUAACGAUGCUCUUCUAUCUAUUAAUGGAAAAUUGGUAACUGAAACUACCUAUGAAGAAACAGUUAAAUUAAUUAAAGAAGCACUUCAAAAAAAGAACGUUGAACUUGUUGUUCGAGAAAAAUUAUCGAAUUCAGAAGAUAAUACCAAUAAUCAAUAUCCAACAAAAUUUUCGGUGGGUAGCAUCGAUAACAGUAGUUUAGGAAAUAAAGAAAGCAUUGGAGGAGAACCAAGUCAACAAGGUGCCAAUGCUGUUGAAGAAUAUCAAAAUCGAGCCAUCUCCUCCUCCUCUGCCGGCGGCAGCACUACUACUACGAAGAAAUUAGAAUCGGAGCAACAGCGAAAUAAAGAAUUAUCAUAUACAUUACGUCUUUGCCAUUUACUUGCAACUAAUGGCGAUGGUACACAAGCGGCAACAUUUGGUUUUGAAUUAAGUGAAGAUCCCGAUUAUGAAUAUCCAAUAAUAUUACGUGUUGAACCACAAUCACCAGCUGACGUUGCUGGUCUACAAUCACAUGAUGUAUUAUUAAAAAUUAAUGAACGUAAAACAAAAGGUUUAGGUUACGAUAAAGUUGAAAAAGAAAUUGAAAAAGCUAAACGUGAUGGACGAUUAGAAAUGCUUGUUGUUGAUCAAGAAGCAUAUGAUUAUUGUGAACGAAUGAAAAAGCCGUUAAAAGAGCCGGAAAUGAAAGUGAAGCAUAUCUUUCCAAAAAGUAGGUCAUCAGCAAGUUUUCAUAAAUUACCUAGUGCUGCUGCUGUGGCAGCACCAUCUUCAAUGUCACCAAGAGAUAGUACAGAGCAGUUAAGCAAUAGUAAUAUAAAAUCUAAUGGUAGUAUUUCAUCAUACGAUACUACAGCGGCUACUUAUCAUCUUGCGGUACCAAGAGAAACUGAUUCUGAGAAUGACGAUGAUCAUAAUGAAAAACAAAAUAUACCGGAAGAAAAAUCAUCUUCCCUGAACGCAUCACAAGCCAAGUCAGCACGUCAGUCACAUCCAGCAGUUAGUUUUGAUCUAUCUGCACCAGCUAAUACACUUCCUAAUGUUGCUGCUCAUUCACAUGAAUCACCAUUGAAAUUUGUUGAUCCUGCACAAGUCACAUCUCAACAACGAGGUGCUUCUUCAGCUGUUGAUCAAAAUGCGCCUACUACAUCACGAUCAACAACUUCACUAAAUCAAACAUCAGCUACAGAAUCAAAACCAUCAAAAGCGAAAUCUAUACCAAAUGCCAUUAAUAAUUUAUUUCAUAAAAUCGGAUAUUCAAAAUCAUCCAAACCUGACUAUGAUACUCCUCCAAAAACAAAAGCUAAUUCAAAAGCACGUGCACCUUCUCCACCAACUAUUCGUGUUGGACUUAAUCGAUUAGAAGAGUCAUGUGUUUCACAAUCAUUUGAUACGACUGGUAGUAAUACAAUUACUGCGCCUAUUUCAACUGUUCACGAUACAGUUCGUUCAACAGUAUCGACUGGAUCAUUCGAUUAUCUUAGAAAUCCUCGCCGAUGUGUACUCAAAGUAGAUCGUAACAAAGGUCUCGGCUUUGUUCUUAGUGCCACCGGUGACUAUGAUCAUACAAUAACAGCUGUUGAAAAGUACUCAGCGGCUGAUAUUGCUGGUUUGCAAGUUCAUGAUGAAGUAUUCGAAGUUGAUGGUGUCAAUGUAAGAAAUGUUAAAUAUGAGCAGGUAGUUGAAAUGCUUGUCUCUGCGAUGCGAGCAAAUGAUACGAUCGAAAUGCGUGUCAUUGGAGGUUCUUCUCGUGAUGCCUACCCAUCAACAAUUGAUGUUGAUAAGCAAACAAGUCCAAGUAGUUUAUUAAAUACGAAUAAUAAUAAUAAUACAGCAAAAAGAACAAAUCAUUCACAACAUAGAGAAGGUGUUUCAGGUGAUGAUCUAUCUGAUAUGAAUAGUUCAAUUAGUCCAUUUGAUAGUCUUAACCAACAAAAAAUUGCUACAAGUUAUCCAAAUUUACAUGGACAAUUGAGACAUCUUGAUCAUGUUACUAAUCGUGCUCUUAGUGGAAGUGUACCUGUACUCGCUACAGGAAUUACGGCUUCUCCAAAUAGUAUUCAUCUAGUAAAAAAUAUUUCAAUUUCAUCAGAAAAAGGUUCAAUAAGUAAAUUAUCAGAUAUUUCAACACAAGAUGCACCAGUUGCACGUCUUUGUCGUAUAAGAAAAUUUGCAACAUCACCAUUCUAUGGCUUUUUCUUAUGUGGUGAUCCGAAAAAACUCGGUCGAGUAUUCAUUUCGGAUGUAACAAAACAUUCACCAGCAGCUGUUUGUGGUUUACGUGAUGGUGAUCGUGUUAUUGAAAUAAAUGGUUCAAGUGUUGAUGGAUUAAUAUAUGAAACUAUCUUAGAUAAAAUAAAACACCAUAUGGGGCGUGAUGAUCUUGAGUUACUUGUACUUGAUAAAAAGUCUGUUCAAUGGUAUCGUGAAAGACAUUAUCCAAUAACAUCACGAACAUUACCAACUAUUGUGCAUAUUGAGCCAAUUAUUAAUGAUACAACAUCAGAGCAACUAUCAUCAGAAAUACCUGCUACACAUACAAAAUUAGUUGGAUUUGCAGAUCGACGAGUAUCAAAAACGGGUCUUUAA